UUCCCAGUUUUGUCUCCUCAACAGCAACUGCCCAAUUUGAUUCACAAAAUUGUCUUUGCAUGCACGUGAAUAUAGACAAUUGAAUUCCUAGCUCCAGCCUCCAAGUGCUAUCUAUUGCGUUUACAAAUUAUUCCCAAAACUGCCUCAAAUUCCGUGUGUGUGUAUUAAUCUUCAGCAGCAAGCAACCUUUUCUCUCCUCUUUUCCCGGCUAUAAACGUAUAUAUGUAUAUAUUUUGGCUGCCCUAUUUUUUCAGUUCAUCUACGUGUCUAUAUAAAUAGACUUUGACUUAUGGGCCAUAAUUUUCCAAGCUCAAACCCUAGCCCAACUCAAGUAUACAAUAUUGCAUUUCACGCCUUGACUUUUAAAUAUGUUUAAUUAAGUCAUUUUUUGUUCAUAGAAUGCCAAUUACAAUUAAAAACCUAACAAUACCAAACUGGGGCUUAACAGAAUUGAGACUGAAAUACAUGGAGCCAGAAAUCAAUAUCAAGCCCUCGUAUUUUCACCCGCCUCUACUAAACAUCAACAAACUGGCCGGCCCCUAUCUCCAUCAGAAACGGCCAAGAAUUAUCAAGUCAUUCCAAUUCUCUUUCGAAAUUCCCAAAUCAAAAUAUGAUUUCCGUUAAACUCUCUUCUCAAUUUUAAUUCUCUUCCCUUCCCCACUUUUAUAUCAAAAAUCUGUGUCUUCUUCAUUUCCAUUGUUCCUUUUUAAUGGAUUCCCUCAAGAACAUGUACGAUACUGUAAUGCAGUUAUCAAGAAACCUCAACUGCCUUCUUUCAGAAUCAAGAACACAAGGGUUCUUCAUGCUGAUACUUACUCUAAUUCUCCUCAUCUUCUUCUUCUCAAAUUCAAAUGAUUCGUCCCCCGCCAUUUCUUACACCAGUUUAACCUCCCGGAUUCACUCCUCUUCACCUUCAGAUCAAGUGUCGCCAUUGUCUACAGUUGUUUCCGCUGAUCCCUGUCACGUCGCCGCAUUUUCGCCAUCUGGAACAACCCGUAAAAGUUCCAGAAGUUCUGGGAACUGUAGCGUUUUUAACAAAGAAAUUGCUUCUUGUGAUUUCUUUGAUGGCCAUUGGGUUAAGGAGGAAAAUUUCGAACCGCUAUAUAAACCUGGUUCUUGUCCUUACAUUGAUGAUGCCUUCAAUUGUUUCAAGAAUGGCCGCAUUGAUUCAGAUUACCUCAAGCUCAGGUGGAAGCCACAUGGUUGUAAGAUUCCAAGGUUUAGUGGGUUGAAAAUGUUGAAGAUGCUGAGAGGAAAAAGAAUGGUGUUUGUAGGGGAUUCACUGAACAGGAAUAUGUGGGAAUCGUUAGUCUGUGCCUUGAGAGAAUCGCUGGUUCAUAAAGACAGAGUGUUCGAAGCUUCGGGCGGUAGAGAGUUCAGGAGUCAAGGGUUCUAUUCGUUCAAAUUUGAGGACUUCAAAUGCUCAAUUGAUUUUGUCAAAUCUCCAUUCCUUGUUCAAGAAUGGAUAGUUUCGGACAAGGCUGGAACACGUAGAGAAACGCUGAGGCUCGACUUGAUGCAAGGCUCUUACAACAAGUAUCAUGAUGCUGAUAUUAUUAUUUUCAACACAGGUCACUGGUGGACUCACCAAAAAACCUAUAAAGGAAAUUACUACUUCCAGGAAGGCAAUCAUGUGUAUAGUAAGCUUGAGGUGGCGGAUGCAUAUAAGAGGGCAUUGAGGACGUGGGCUCAAUGGGUUGAUACUACUAUCAACAGCAGUCGAACCAGGGUCUUCUUCCAUGGAUACUCUGCUUCUCAUUUCAAAGGAGGUCAAUGGAAUUCUGGAGGUAAUUGCUAUGGUGAGACUAAACCGAUAAUGAACGACACCUAUCUUGCACCAUAUCCAUGGAUGAUGAGAGUCCUGGAAUCUGUAAUAUCAGAAAUGAAGACUCCUGUUAUUUACCUCAACAUAACGAAAAUGACUGACUACAGAAAAGAUGGGCAUCCCUCAAUUUUCAGGCAAUCAGUAACACAGAUGAAGCCUGGCACAAUCCAAGAUUGCAGCCAUUGGUGCCUCCCAGGGGUACCAGACUCUUGGAACGAGCUUCUCUAUGCCAUAUUGCUUAGAUCUCAGAAAAAAAUCUAAGUAAUUACUAGAUUUUCCAACUUUUUUACCUUUGUAAAUUUGAUAUCAUAUAUUGAGGAUCAUAUCAUCUUGCUCCUUUGUUCAUGUCUUAAAGCUUGGAAGAGACAUCAUUUUGAUUCAUAUUUCACAAUAUGGAAGUUUUCCGGAUAAUCUAGGGAAGUUAUAUGCUAGGUUUUCUCAUUGUUGAGGUCUUUUUAAGAUUUUCUAGUCAAAUUGUCGGAAUGGUUAAGGAAUCGAAUUUAUCUAUAUGUACAAGGUUGGAUCUCACAGGGUUUUCACAAGUUCCUCAUAUGAGGUGAAU